AUGAAUAAUUUACAUUAAUUUGAUAGAUCAUUGUUAACUGUUGACAUUUUAGGUGCUCAAACAAAAUAAAAGAGUUCAUAUUUAGAUAAGAUCAAUCCAUAUGAUAUUCGUUAAAAUAAUAACUUAAAAUUACAGUUAAUCUCUUACACUAAUAUUUUCUAGAUAUACAAUUCCUAAGCAAGAUCCUCAAUAUGGUCGUAAAAGAUAUUAACAUGAUUUUCAUCAUUUUAAUAAUAGUUGUGUUCCUUAAGGAGAGAAUUAUUUUGAUGGUUCACAUAAAAAGCAUUACAAUCUACAAGAAGGAGAAAUCAAAUAAUAUCGAGCAUUAGAAAAUUAUUAUGAUUAACCUAAGUAUUAUUAAAUAAUAUGAGGAAAUCUAUAAGGGGAUAGAUUACUAGCUACAAAUGAUAUAGAAGGAGCCAUUCCUGGAACAUCAACAAGUAAAGUUGUUAGAAACUAAGAGAAAGCCUAGAAAUUAAGAUAAGAAAGAGAUCACUUAAGAGCUUAAAAUAACAAAGCCCUUUAUCUUUCUUAAUUGGAAUCCAAAAUAGAUCAUUAAUCUGAAAGUGAAAAACAACCUUAAAGGAUAAAAUCAUAUUCUAUUUCACCUACUCCUUAAAAUUAAAUAUUUGAAAAUAAGAUAACUGAACCUUCAUAACCUAAAUAUGAAUAUAUGAAUAAACCUUUGAAACUUCCACCAAUUCAAAAUAGAGAAACACCUAUAUCAAUCAAUCCAAUAUCUAAUAAAUUGUAAUUACACUAAAAUUAAAAAAAUUAUCUUCUAUAAGAUUAUGAUAAGACAUUAUCAAUGUUACAAUAAAAUUUACCAACGAGAUUGUAUGUAUGA